UGUGGUUCAGUAUGAUCAAGAGAAAAAGAAUAAAGCAUAGAAGAGUUGAGAGCACAAGAAGAAUAGAAGAAAGAAGAAAAUAUGGAAGAAGAGGAGCCUGUAAGUCCAACAGGGCAAUAUUUGAGCAGCUCAGUACUCAAUGUUACAGUGCUUGCUGUCUUUGAGACUCUAAUGCCUAUUGAUGAUUCCCAAUCCACUACUGCUCUUGAAUCCAUCUUCCUACCUAUCAACCCUCGUUUCUCUUCCAUCAUGGUAACAGAUGAACAUGGAGUUCGGAAAUGGAAGAAAGUGGAAGUGAAGUUAGAGGACCAUCUUAAAGUGCCAGUGUUCCCACCUGGUCUGGAACUGUAUGAUGAAUACUUGCAAGACUACAUAACAAAAAUAUCAAUGGAACCAUUGCCCUUCAGUAGGCCGUUGUGGGAUGUGAAUGUUAUAAAGUACCCUACAAGCACUGCAGCUGGGACUUUGAUAUUUAGGCUUCAUCAUGCUUUGGGUGAUGGUUAUUCUCUUAUGGCUGCAUUGUUUUCAUGCCUUAAAAGGAUUGAUGACCCUUCACUUCCUCUCACUUUCCCUUCUUCUAAGCCAAGAAGAGGAUGGGAUUCAUUCCUUGGGUUUGCUCAAGAGAUAUCCUAUGCUUGUGUGAACACCAUUAGAGACUUUGGUUGGAGCUUGAUGAAGAGCAGUGUGAUGGAGGACAGUGUAUCAGCGAUCAGGUCUGGUGUGCCAUUUGUUGAAUCCAGGCCUAUCAACUUGUCUUAUUUUGAACUCUCUCUUGAUGAUAUCAAAACAAUCAAGAAAAAAGUCGAUGGGACGGUGAAUGAUGUAUUAGCCGGAAUGAUUUUUCAUGGGUUAAACUUAUAUAUGGAAGAAGUGAUGGAUCCUUGCAAUGAUGCAACUAAAAUAACUGCUUUGGUGUUGCUCAACACAAGAGCCAUUAGAACCUACCAAAAUAUGCUGGAGAUGAGAAGCCCUAAUUCGAAUGCUAGAUGGGGAAACCACUUUGCAUUUAUUCAUAUUCCUAUACCCAAGUGUGACAAGAAGAAUAGCAAAGUUGACCCACUUGAAUUUAUUUUAAAAGUUAAGAAGCUCAUCAAAUCAAAGAAGUCGUCUUUUGGGAUUUAUUUGUCGGGUGCAUUUUUGGAGAUAAUUAGGAAGUUCAGAGGCCCUGAGGUAGCUUCUGGUUACAUGUUGAAAACAUUAACAAACUCAAGCUUGGCAAUUUCAAAUAUGAUUGGACCUAUGGAAGAAGUUGAAAUGGUUGGUCAUCCUGUCUCAGGGUUUCAUUUUAUGAUGGUCCGAGCCCCUCAGAGCUUGACAAUAACCAUAGUGAGCUAUAAUGGGAAGGUGAGGUUGGCUAUUGGUGCUGAGAAAGAUUUCAUUGAUUCUCCACUUCUUGUUUCAUGCAUGAAGAAAUCAUUCAGUGAACUCUAUGAAACAGCAGCCAGUGAAACAGAAAACCGAGUUAAUGGACAUGAGCAUGCAAAGCAAAACAUGAUAGCAUCUAAAGCUUUUCAUACUGAAACUUAAUCAAUAAUUGUGACAACAAAGAUGGUGUUCAUGCAUGGGUGUUGUGAGUUGAAUUCCUCUUGCUUUGUUAAGCUAAAGAUAUGAAUGUUUGUAGUCUUGAUUUGAAACAACUAUUAUGUAUUUGUAUAAUUGUUUUCAUGAGAAGAUGAUACUUUAUCUUUUUUUUAAAA